UUACCUUCUUCACCACCUACUCAGCUAUCUUCACCACCUACUCAUCUACCUUACCUUCUUCACCACCUACUCAGCUAUCUUCACCACCUACUCAUCCACCACUAUCUUCACCACCCAGCUUUAUCUCGUGAGCAGUUACAAUGCCACGUCUUAAAUCAUCCCGCCGUUCCCAGGCUUCAAAGCUACGCGUGGCUGGGAGACGUGUGGGACAUCAGCAGCCUGGCAAUGCCAGAUUCGCACCCGCCGGCGGUACCGGUGACCGCCAUAGAGUGCGAAAAUGGCCAAUUUCGUCCCUGACCGGACGACAACACAAAUUGGUCGUACCAGCCGAGUCUCCAGACAAGGAAUUUGUCCUCCUUGUUGGAGCUUCACAUCUCCGUUCCAUCGUCGAUGGAAUUGUGAAGAUGCCAGAGGGAAGGUUUUCCUUUGGUGCCAUGUCCACACCGGGGGCAUGCGCAACCCAGCUGCGAACCGAGGCAGCCAAUGCUGUGCUGCCUAGGACACCAGAUGCAGUCUGUGUGAUGGCUCCCAGCAACAACCUGACAUCCAGCAGGACCAUCACUGAAGCAGGAGAGGAUUAUGCAAAGCUCCUUGCGACUGCCUGCAGUCGCUGGCCUAACGUUUUUGCCUUGGACUUCCCCCCGCGCCUUACCGUUGACCCUGACUACCAAGACAUGAUGCGUCAGGAAUUUCGUCGUGUUGCGGCACGUAUGGGCGUGAAGUACACAGAAAUUGCAGAGUACUUCCCUUUUAAAGAACUUGACCUGUGGAGCAGAGAUGGCGUGCACUUGAGCGACAGUGCGGGAAUGCCAAUCCUGGUCGGUUCGAUCUGGAACGCAGCAUACAUGCAACUUGUUCCAGCCGAGCCGACGCCAUCUCCUGUUGUCCACAGAAGAUCACCGCCUGCGAGGAGAGUCACUCCAAGGGUGAUUGUUAAAGGAGAGGUUGCCAAAUCACCGCAACUGGAUCCUUCCAAGUGGACCGUUAUCGGCCAGGGCAGGAAGAGGAGCCAACACGAUGAACCUGAGCAGUCCAUUGAUGCACUUAAACCAGCAGGGACUGUUCAGCAGGAGGAUUUGGAGGAGAGUUAUCUUCCACUGACACCUGUGUGGUUCAGCAGUGCAAUGUUGGUUGAGAUGAACAAAAUUAGUCCAUCCCAUCUUCCUGGCCCUGAUGAGUGCACACCACCGGUUCCAAAACGGAAAAAGAAAACAAAGAUGGAGCUGAAGCAGAGGGCUCCUGCCUCCAUGAAGACCCUGGCAAUGCGACAGGGGGAGGCAGCUCCCAUGGUUGUGGAGGUGAUUUUACGGCCACCUACCAGUAGAGGGACAGUUGCUGUGGAGCAGCAGGUGUAGCCAUUCCCCGAGCUGGAGCUAUCGCCAGGGCUGGAGCCAUCGCCAGGGCUGGAGCCAUUGCCAUCCCCCAGCAACGAGCCAUCACCCAGCAACGAGCCAUCACCCAGCAACGAGCCAUCACCCAGCAACGAGCCAUCACCCAGCAACGAGCCAUCACCCAGCGUGAUAGUGGAUGUUGAUGAUGACAGCAGAUGGAGAACAGGUAAGGGUUAUGGUUGCAUGUGUUCAGAGAAAGUGCAGUUGGCUGUUGUCGCAGGGACUGUUGUGAGGUAUGCAUCAGUUUCUGACGAUAGAAUAUCUGUUGCAUGUUCUAUAGCGGCUGCGAUUAAACAUUUGAUUGCGCCUGUGUGUACGUGGAGCAGUACAGAUAUCGAUGCCAUACGUGU